CCUGGCAUGCUUUGGCAACACUGGCGCGGAAUGAAUCCCCAGAAUUAAGCCGUUAACGUCAUAAUGUCAUAAUUCUGACGUUCACGUAAAUAUUUAAUCGGCAUUUGUUUUGAUUAGACUAAUCGAUUUCGCAAACAAACUAAAACAUGGUAUGUCGUAAAUCAAAUCGGUUUCCAUUCGUCGAAUCAGUUUUUUUUAUGAGUUUAAAAAUUUAAUAUCUGACAACAAAUGAUAUUGAAUAGUACAGUGAACUUUGGUAAUACCAAAUAAUCGCCACAAAUAUUGGAGUAGAAGCUACGAAAUGGUGUCCACGAAGUUUAAAUGAAGUUUUCGGAAAUCGUUGCCUAUUUUGUUAUUAACAAAACGAUCAUGGCGAACGUAAUAAAAUUGACAUGUGCUUAUUGUCGAAGCAAUGCGUAUCUCAUGAUUGGCAUUUGUCUUGGUCUCAGUCUGAGUCUUCUUUUUGCUGUGAACACAGAGGAUUGUUCCGAUUGUACAGACUCCUUUGGGUAUGGGUCUACGCCUUAUUCGACGUUGAACGACGAAUAUGAGCCUUUUUUAAAUAUUCAAGGAAAAAAGUUGAAAGCUCAAGUGAAACCAAAGCCUUUUUUUCGUCCUCGAUAUUAUUCGACUGAGCUUGGAAUUCGAGAAAAAAUAUUUGUUGGCAUUGUCACAAGCCGUGAAUACUUGCACAGCCGUGGUGUGGCUCUCAAUAAAACUUUAGCUCAUUUGGUUGAUAAAGUACGUUACUUCAUUUCCAUACCAGAAGGCACAAAACCAAACGUCAGUUUACCAGGAAUUGUCGGAUUCACUGACACUCGGAGCAUCUUGAAACCUUUCCAUGUGAUGAAAUACAUAACUGACAAUUAUCUUGAAGAUUACGACUUUUAUUACAUUGUAAAAGAUACCAGUUAUGUCAAUGGACGAAAACUUCUCCAGCUCGUUGAUUAUUUGAGUGUCAGUAGAGAAGUCCAUUUGGGCAUCAAAGUUGGUCAUGAGAAUUUUUGCACACUCGAGGCUGGAAUAUUAUUGAGCAAUUCUCUUGUUCGAAGAUUGAAAACGAGUCUCGACUGGUGCGUCAAAAAUACAUUCUCAUCUUCAGACGAUGUAAAUUUUGGCAGAUGUGUUAUGCAAGCGUGCAAAGUACCCUGCUCUAAUGAAGUACAAGGCAUGAAAUUCAGUGCUGUAAAAUUACCAACGGUUUUCGAUUUUCAUGAAGAUUUUCAGAAUUUAGUGGAGCAGGAAAAUUUGUCAAAUUCUGUAUCAGUAUUUCCCAUUUACGAUUAUCGUACGAUUUACAAAAUCAACGCGUAUUUUGUGACCAACGAACUGAGACAAGUCGAGGACGAGAUAAUCAGUCUCCGUAAAUUGAUCGUGGAAAGUUCUCAUCUGGAGCCAGAAAAUGAUCGUCAAGUGUCGUGGCCGAUUGGAAAUGAGCCAGGGAAUCGAGCGAUCGGUCGAUUCGAUUACCUUUCGUGGAUAUAUUUCAACGAAACUCACAGUUUUAUGGAUACCAUGUUCGAGAAUGUUCGUGAAUCGAUUGGCAAUGCAAAAAUAGAAUUAGAAAUAUUGUUAAAGGCGGUGUUGCGAAGGAUCGAAAAAGAAUAUGAAGGUGGGCUGGUUUAUCAGCGAUUAAUAAAUGGGUAUCGUAAAUUUGAUGCUUCCCGAGGAAUGGACUAUAUUCUCGAUAUUGAAUUUUUACAAACCGCAAAUCGACAAAGAAUUAUCAAGAGAAUCGAAGUUUGCAAGCCUUUGGGAAAAGUUGAAAUACUCCCGGUCCCUUACGUCACAGAAAAUACGCGAAUUAAUAUGAUUCUCGUAGUUGACGUGUCGUCCCAACGAACAGCCAAAACUCUUGACUUUCUUGAAAAUUAUGGGAACACGUGCAUGGCGAAAAAAUACAAGACAUUUUUGUUACUCGCAUUGUUGUACGAUCCUGAAUCUCCUUCGAAGGGAACGAACGAUAUUCAUUACAAGAUCAAAAACCGAGCAACUGAGCUGACGAAAAAAUACAAAAAGGAUCAACAUACCGUGGCCUGGUUAUCAAUCCGUUUGCCCAAACCUGCUGAAACUAUUUGCAUCGAUCCGAUGUUAACGAUCGCUGUGGCCGAUUUAGUUAAGAAAAAAUUUACACCCGAGAGUCUUCUGCUCUUUGUCGAUCCGAGGAUGGAAUUGAACAUCGAUUAUCUCAACCGAGUACGAAUGAACACCAUAAGCCAAUGGCAAAUAUAUAGUCCGAUUCCCUUUACCGAGUACAAUCCUGAUGUGACCAAAUGGGCAGGGUACACAAACAAACGUUCGCCUACGGAACUUGACAUCAAUCGAAACGUGGGCAGAUACGAGGACUCCUAUUACGAAGCCAUUUCUUUUUACGUCAAGGAUUACUCCGCGAUGCGUCGUCGUACGACACCUGAAAUUCCCCAAGUGGAUACGGACAAAGAUAUUCCAUUGAUCCUCGCGGAGUCUCGACGUGAAUUCGUCGAAUCGCUCUUCGACUUAUUCGUGCGCUUUGGCGAAGUGCACGCGCUUCGUGCUGUGGAGCCGGCUCUGAAAAUUCGCUACGACGAUUUGAGUUGUAACGGUACCUACAGCGAAAAUGUUAAACGAAAUUGCGAACAGAGGAGAAAUUUGCGACUUGGGCAUAGAGGACAAUUGGCAAAAUUGAUAUUAGACUAUCAGAGCGAUCAUUUGUCGCUCCAUCGUUGAGCUCUUGAAACUUGACGAUGAUAGUGAUCAACUCUUGAAAUCAAUAGGUUUCUAAUCGUACAAUAUCGAAGACCAACGGUGUUCAACGAUUUUAUAACUCUUGCAAUGUCUGCCUUAGAAAGGUUCAUGCCCCUUUUGAAUUGUUUACCAGUAAAGAUAUUGAAUUUAAGCUUCUAUUUUAUACUGACAAAAUGUCGUCGAGACAAUAAUUUACCUUUAUAUUAUAAGGAUAUAUUAUCUAUCAAUGUUGAGGGAGAAAAUAAAAUGUAUUUUUUGGC